AUGGCGGUAACCAUCAGCUGGUUUACUCGCAGGUCGCUCCUAGUCUCCAAGACAACCAUCCUUGUGACGCUCGUGUCACUGCUGUUGUGGUUGCUCAUCAACACGAACAUCGAGUCCGCCUUAGACCUCCUCAACCUUCUGCCGCUACCAUCGCCAACGCCGCCGUCGCACGCUCUUGCCUACACGGAUGGAGGAUAUCUCUUGCAGCAGCACUCCUUCCAGUCCCCCGAAGCCGGUUCCAGCUCGUCCUCGUCGGCGUCAUACAACUACACGCUCCCGUUCCACACCCGUGGCCGUUACAUUCUCGAUGCGCAGAACCAGCGCGUCAAACUCGCCUCCAUCAAUUGGUACGGCGGCAGCGAUGAGGACUUCGUCCCCUCUGGUCUGGACGUGCAGCAUCGCGACCGGAUCGCUGCGCUCAUCCGGGACCUUGGUUUCAACAGCGUGCGGUUGCCCUACUCGGACGAGAUGGUGCGCGACAACCCUCUGAUCCCCGCCAGUCGCUUGGCCGCCAAUCGGGACCUUGUCGAUCCGGAGACGGGCGGUGCCCCAGCGCGGGACGUGUUCACUGCCGUCGUCGAGAGUCUGACGGAUGCGGGCCUGCUGGUUAUCGUCAACAACCACAUCACACAGGCGACGUGGUGCUGCGGCGCGAACCCGUGCGACGCGGGCUGGGCGAACGAUUGGUUUGGCGGCAAGUGGUUCUGUCGUGUCAGCCAGACGAGCGAGGAAUGGAUCGAACACUGGGAGACGGUGAUGCGGCCGCUGGCACACAACCCGCGCGUCAUUGGGGUUGACCUGCGCAAUGAGCCGCGGGGCCUUUGGGGCACGCUGCAUUGGGACGACUGGGUUGCCGCUGCCGAGCGAGCCGCUGAGCGCCUGCUGGCUCUCAACCCUGCCUGGCUGAUUAUCGUCGAGGGCAUCUCGUCGGCGAACGACCUGUCCGGGGUCCGGACCCGGCCCGUCCGGCUGCCGCCGCCAUUUGCGGACGACCGCGUCGUCUAUUCCGCCCACGUCUACAGCUGGUCUGGCUGGGGAUCGCUUUAUCCGUAUUCGCGACGGACCUACGAGGACUUUGUGGCCAGCAUGCGAGAGAACUGGGCGUACCUGUUGGAGGAGGACAUGGCGCCGGUGUGGGUGGGAGAGCUGGGCACGCCGGACGAGCCCACGGCGGGGGAUCGCAACUACUGGACGCACCUGGUCGAGUUCCUGCGCGUGACGGACGCCAGCUGGGGAUACUGGGCAUUGAACCCCCGCAAGCCGGCCGACAACGAGUGGGAGAGCUACGGGCUGGUGGGCGACAACUGGGACCGCGCCUCGGUGCGGUGGGAUUACCGACUGGCGGACCUGCAGCGACUGGGCUUGCGGCCACGCAUCGCACCCAGCCAUUGA